UUGAUGCUUUUCAAGAUGGCGGCCUCCUAGAUGUGUUUGUGGUCUGAUAGAAACAUUCUUCGGCAGAGAAACAGCUCGUUGACUUACUUUUUUAAAAAAGGGAUCAGUUCCCCGAGGGUAGGAUGGCAGCGGGCGGCGGGGAGCCCGGAGGGGGCGCUGUGAGGACCAGCGUGGCGUCGCAGUUCUUCGCCGGGGAGGAGGACACGGCCAUCGACAUGACCACCAGCGAGAGGGUACUCACACUGCACAGUUGCACACUGAUGCACAGCUGCCUGCUCCGCUGGACAGUGUACAAUGCACACACCCGUUGCUGCCCAGUUCACAACUACACCACAGCUGGAUCGCACCCCCGCAGUCAGGGCUCCCCCCGCACGGGGAGACGCUUUCAGACGCUGUCGCUUGGUCUCACCCAGUCUGGUGUCUCCUCUCCACAGGUGCAGGAGCUGAUCAUCAACAAGGACCCCUCGCUCCUCGACAACUUCUUAGACGAGAUGAUAGCGUUCCAGACGGACAAGUCCAUGGAAGUUCGCAAGUUUGUGAUCGGCUUCAUCGAGGAGGCGUGCAAGCGGGACAAUGAGCUGCUGCUGAAGCUCAUCGCCAACCUCAACAUGCUGCUGAAGGACGAGAGCGUCAACGUGGUGAAGAAGGCCAUCCUCACCCUCACGCAGCUCUACAAGGUGGCCCUCCUCCCUCUCGCCGCAGCGAACCUGCCCCCCACGCUGGCGCGCUCGCAGGUGAGCAGCGUGCGGAAGAACCUGAAGCUGCACCUGCUCAGCGUGCUGCGGCACCCCUGCAGCACCGAGUUCCAGGCCCAGAUCACCACGCUGCUGCUGGACCUGGGCACCCCCCAGCAGGACAUCGCCCGCUGCCUGCCCGCGCCCCGCGACCUGCGCAAGAGGCCGCGCCACGAGGCCGAGCCCAGCGGCAAGAAGAUCAAGAUCGAGCCGUCCCUGGUGGAGGACGACGAGGACAAGGACCUGGAGCCGGCGCCCGCCUCGGCGCCCAAGCCCUCCUCCACCCCCGGAGCGCACACCGCCAUCGACGUCACCGCCGACUUCCUGCUGCCGCUGCUCACGCCGGAGAACGUGGCCAACCUGGUGCUGAUCAGCAUGGUCUACCUGCCCGACUCCAUGCCCGCCUCCUUCCAGGCCACCUACACGCCCGUGGAGUCGGCCGGCACCGACGCCCAGAUCAAGCACCUGGGCAGGCUCAUGGCCACGCAGAUGACUGACCUCUCCUCUCGCCGCCGCAGGGCGUCCGGGGCCGGUGGCCGCAAGAAGGUGUUCCGGCUGGCGGACGUGAUCCAGCCCCUGUCGGAGGCCCAGGCUGAGAAGAUGACCCACACGUCCAUCAAGCGCAUCCUGGAGUCGGAGAAGGCCAUCGCCCGCUCCGGAAUGUCACACGUGCGAGUGAAGCUCCUGUCCAGGCUGGUGACCCAGCUGGGCGGGGCGAUGAAGGACGAGGUGCUGGCCUUCGCCCUGGAGGACAUCCGCGGCCGCAGCGACCUGGCCUUCGCCCUGCUCUACCAGGAGUACAACAGCUACCUGAGCCAGGGGCCGCAGGGCCUGCUGGACGGCUACGACCACUGCCUCAUCACGCUGCUGUCCGGCCUGCAGGAGAAGCCAGACCAGAGAGAUGGGCUCUUCACAAAGCUGGUGCUGGAGGCUCCUCUGAUAACUGAGUCCGCCCUGGAGGUGAUCCGCCGCUACUGCGAGGACGAGGUACGAACGGCGCUCCCAUCCCCUGCAAAUGUAGAACUGUUGCUCAACAACACUCGCUGCGGCGUGCACGCUGUCAGCACCCCGCCGGCGUGGGUGUGGAAGUACCCCAAGGUGUGGGAGGGCUUCGUGAAGUGCUGCCAGCGCACCAAGCCCCAGUCCUUCAGCGUGCUGCUGCAGCUGCCCCCGCCGCAGCUGACCAGCGUGUUCGAGCGCUGCCCCGAGCUCCGGGAGCCCCUGCUGGGCCACGUGCACUCCUUCACCCCGCACCAGCAAGCACACAUCCCCUCCUCCAUCAUGGCGGUCCUGGAGGCCAGCGCCAAGCAGGAGCCGGAGCUGGGACAGCCGCCCGAGAGGGACGCGGCGGAGCCACGCGGCGCUGGGCUGGCGGACGGGGCGGCGGCGGUGGCGGAGAGCUUGACCCCAGUGAGCGCCGAGAAGCCGGAGGAGACCAUGGAGGUCUCCGUCACGGAGACCCCACCCCAGGGCGAGCAACCCCAGGAGCCCAUGGAGAAGGGUGGCGAUGGGGCGCCGGGGGACGAGACAGCGGAGGAAGCGCUCAGUCACCAGAGAGAGCUGGCGGUGCGCAGCGCCAAAGCCUACCUGCUGAAGAGCAGCACCGAGACCGGCCUGAACCUCUAUGACCACCUGGCGCGGGUGCUGUCCAGGGUGCUGUCGGAGCGGCCCGAGAACGCGGCGGACGUGUUCCAGGAGCUGAGCGGCGAGGCCAAGCGGGCGGCGCUGCGCCAGCGGCAGGGCAGCCUGCGCGACGACCCGCCCCCCCCCGCCGCGCUGCAGCUGGCCCAGGAGCAGAGGGCGCUCUUCCAGCGCGGGGGGGGGGACGAGCCUGAGCACGAAGAGGAGCUGGUGGAGACGCCCCUGCCCAACGUGGGCGAGCUGGCCUUCUUCCUGGAGCAGGCGGGCGUGGGCCUGGGCCGCGAGGAGAUGCAGCGGGUCUUCCUGGCCCUCAAGCAGCUGGUGGACACCCAGCCCCUGCAGCGCUGCCGCUUCUGGGGGCGCAUGCUGGGCACCGAGGGCAGCUACCUGGUCGCCGAGGGGGAGUACCGCGAGGGCGAGGAGGAGGAGGAGGAGGAGGGGGUGGAGGAGGGAGAGGAGGAGCAGAGGGAGGGAGAGAGCAGAGAGGAGGAAGAUGACGCCGAGGGCCAGGAGGAGAUCGACCCACUCCCCAAGUCCACCUACAAGCCUCCCCCUGUGGUCCCGAAGGAGGAGAACCGGACCGGCGCCAACAAGUUCUCCUACUUCGUGUGCAGUGAGCCGGGCCGGCCCUGGGUCCGGCUGCCGCCCGUCACGCCCGCCCAGAUCACAGCCGCCCGACGGAUCCGCAAGUUCUUCACCGGGCGCCUGGACGCACCUGUCGUCAGCUACCCGCCUUUCCCUGGCAACGAGGCCAACUACCUGCGUGCCCAGAUCGCCCGCAUCUCGGCGGGCACGCAGGUCAGCCCACUUGGCUUCUACCAGUUCGGGGAGGAGGAAGGCGAGGAGGAAGAGGAGGCGGCCAGGGAAAGUUUUGAGGAGAACCCAGACUUUGAGGGCAUCCCCGUGCCUGAACUGGCCUCGUCGCUGUCCACCUGGGUACACCAUACCCAGCACAUCCUGCCCCAGGGGCGCUGUGUGUGGGUGAACUUGGCCCAGAAGCGAGAGGAGGAUUUCGAGGAGGAAGGGGAGGAAGAGGAGAAGGAGGAAGAGCCAGACGAGCCAGAGCCAGAGGUGGGGCCUCCUCUGCUCACCCCAUUAUCCGAGGACGCAGAGAUCAGUAACACCCCUCCCUGGAGCUCCAAGGUCUCCUCCUCUCUGAUCUCCCAAUACGCCAUCGCCGUGCUGCGCUCCAACCUCUGGCCAGGAGCGUAUGCCUUCGCCACCGGGAAGAAGUUCGAGAACAUCUACAUCGGCUGGGGUCUGAAGUUCGUGGGCGACGGCUACACCCCCCCUGUGCCAGCUGCCCCCCAGCGGGAGUACCCCAGCGGCCCAGAGGUGACGGAGGCCACGGACCCCAGCCUGGAGGAAGAGCAGGCCCUGAAGGCAGCCCUGGAGGAGCAGAGGGCUGCCCAGGAGGAGACCGAGGAGAUGGAGGGAGAGGAGGAGGAGGAGGAGGAUGACUGA